CCGAGUCAUACAGUAGUCGUCAAUAGUGUCUGUCCUUAAUUGGUAUCAAACUUUUGAUUCAUUCACAUAAUAGUUAUGUAUUGUUUGUGCCAUCUAUUGGUCUGAUCGGUGAUGUCUCGUGAGUCACACCCGUAGUAGUGAUGAGAGAGUAUGUGUUGUAUGUGUUGUAUGUGUUGUAUGUGUGAGUGAUUAGCAUUCAAACAGUCAAACACUGCUUUACUUUACUCUGUAUUUGAAUGUCUUGUUUUUGAACGCCUUUUGCAUCCAUUUAUGUAUAUCUGGUCUCAAAUCAUAUGAUAACAUCACUUAAAUGAGUUAAAAAUCAAUGUUUUAAUUAGUAAUUAAUAUUUAAAAGACAUCUUUGAGUGACUACUAAUCACAACAAAUCUCAAGACAACAUCACAACACAAUGCAAGCCAUCAAAUGUGUUGUCGUCGGCGACGGAGCGGUGGGUAAGACAUGCCUUUUGAUAAGUUAUACAACAAAUGCAUUCCCCGGGGAAUACAUCCCUACUGUAUUUGACAACUAUUCAGCCAAUGUUAUGGUUGACGGAAAACCAAUUAAUUUGGGUCUUUGGGAUACCGCCGGACAAGAAGACUACGACAGACUGAGACCUCUUUCAUAUCCACAAACCGACGUUUUUCUCAUUUGUUUUUCACUCGUAAAUCCGGCCUCUUUUGAAAACGUGAGGGCAAAGUGGUAUCCGGAAGUGUCACAUCACUGUCCAAAUACACCUAUAAUACUUGUUGGCACUAAAUUAGAUUUGCGCGACGACUCUAAAACAUUAGAGAAAUUAAAAGAUCGAAAAUUAGCCCCAAUUACAUACCCUCAGGGUUUGGCAAUGGCUAAGGAGAUCCAAGCCGUCAAAUACUUAGAGUGCUCUGCAUUGACUCAAAAGGGUCUGAAGAAUGUGUUCGAUGAGGCCAUCCGUGCCGUUCUGUGUCCACAACCUAAACCCAAACGCAAGAAAUAUACGUGUGAUUUGUUAUAAUAAAUUGUUAUCAUUAUAUAGAUGUCUGGUUUGUCCACUAGUGUCGGCUUAUAAGUGGUCUCUUCUCUGCGUCUAUUAUUCGCUCACAUAAUAAUAUUAAUAAUAAUUAUAUAUAUUUCUAUUAAAA